AUGGCAAGUCCAGAAUUUGUAUCAGACCUGGGUUUGAUGUGUGAUUGUCUACAAGAACUAUCUAUACUAUCUAAUCAAUUACAAGAACGUACAACUACACUUAUUCAAGGCCAAAAGCACAUUAAAAGAACGAUAAGGAUUAUAGAAUCAUUUAAAGUUACUCCGGGAGAACAUAUGUCUGAAGUUUCUAAACUUAAAGAAGUUAUGGUAUUUAAAAAUAUUCAACUUUCAACAAACACUAAAUUAAUUACUAUUAAUCCAAAACAGUUUAAAGUCCAAGAAGAAAAAAUAAGUUUGUGGAAAAUAUUAUAG